CAUAUAUAGGCAACUGUUUCGUUCCGGAAAAGUGACGUCAGCGCACAUGACCGGAACUCGGUCACAUGUUCAGUGUUUUUAAAGAAAACUUGUGUCCAUUCACCCGGAGUUCCUGAGAUCCUACUCUUUAUACUUUAUUACUACUCCUUAAGGAUUGCAUUGACCUGCUGUCUGUGGUCAGUCAUGAGACUGGUGAUUCUGGAUGACUAUGAUCUGGCCAGCGAGUGGGCUGCCAAGUACAUCUGCAACCGGAUCAUCCAGUUUAAGCCCAGUGCUGACCGGUACUUCACUUUAGGACUUCCAACAGGCAGCACACCCCUCGGCUGCUAUAAGAAGCUGAUCGAGUAUCACAAGAGCGGCGACCUGUCCUUCAAAUAUGUGAAGACCUUUAACAUGGAUGAGUAUGUGGGUCUGCCCAGGGAUCAUCCAGAGAGCUAUCACUCCUACAUGUGGAACAACUUCUUCAAACACAUUGACAUUGAACCUCAGAAUACACACAUACUGGACGGCAACGCCAGCAACCUGCAGACCGAGUGUGAUGCCUAUGAGGAGAAGAUUACAGCGGCUGGAGGGAUUGAGCUGUUUGUCGGAGGCAUUGGUCCAGAUGGGCACAUUGCCUUUAAUGAGCCGGGCUCCAGUCUCGUGUCCAGAACUAGAGUAAAGACCCUGGCCAAAGACACCAUAGUGGCCAAUGCCCGGUUCUUUGGGAACAACCUUUUAAAAGUGCCCACCAUGACUCUUACAGUUGGCGUGGGAACAGUGAUGGAUGCAAGAGAGGUAAUGAUUCUGAUCACGGGGGCUCAUAAGGCAUUUGCUUUGUAUAAAGCCAUCGAGGAGGGAGUGAACCACAUGUGGACAGUAUCUGCCUUCCAGCAGCAUCCACGAACUAUUUUCAUUUGCGAUGAAGACGCGACACUGGAGCUCAGGGUCAAAACCGUCAAGUAUUUUAAAGGCCUGAUGCAUGUCCACAAUCAACUGGUCGAGCCGACGCUCAGCAUGAAAGACUACAUGGAUUGAACGGGGAACUUGGAAUGCCGGGAAAAAUGGGAAUCAUUUGGAAAUGAUUGCAUCAGUUUGAAUGAAUGGAAACUGGCCUCAGGGACCACAGCAGUAUGUAAUGAUCAUUGUUUGAAGGUCCAUGCCAGCAUUACAGGAUCUGUUUAGAUGUUGCACAUGUAACAAACCACCAAUAUCUGCUUUAUCUGUGAUGGAAAUUCCCCACGGUGCCAUAUUCAUGCACUCCAUUUAAAAGAAUUGUCAUACUUGUCUUUGUACUGUAUUUUUAAAGUACUGUAGUAUACUACAGUAUUAACAAGAAAAUGCAAUAUAGGGUUCGGAUUAGGGCAAAUUUACACCAAAAUUCUCCCUUUACUCUUUCAGCCAAUGUUUGCAUAACACUAUCGCACUCCAUGACUAAUAAAAAAUAUAUCAUCUUUUAUAAUCCAUUCCUUUUGAUUUUGUAUCGUAGGAAACCUUUAUCAAGAAGUUCAACUGUUCACCAAUAAUGGUCAUCAUUAGUACAUUUUUGAAAUCAUUCUACUUGACUUCAAUGUGAAAUGUUACUCCGAGUUGACCUCCUGUAAGUCUUCUUUGGGAAGAUACUGUGUUUAGGCAUUAUGUUAACACUCUUAAAAAUUGUUUAUGGAUGAUACUGAGAUCCAUUUGAAUUACUGUUAAGUUUUUAUCUCACUGUAUUCGGCUUACAAAAGGAAAAAGAUGUUACUUGUGUGGUUUGUCUAUGUUCAGGGUGGAUUUUGGCCUUCGUGUUUAUUCAAUGUUAACUUCCGUUGAAGAUGAGGGUCAGAAUUUCUCCUUUACAUUGGUUCACUUAUUUACGACUCGCAUGUUUAAAGGUGCAGUCAUUAAUUUUUCUCCUAAAGACAUGAAUUGCACUUUUGCAAGAUAUGUAUGAAAUCAUGAGCACUCACAUUAAAAUGAAGACUCCAGUGACAUCAGUAACCUUAUAAAAGCUGUUUUAUUCUACAUGGAGAGGGUCCACACAUGGGGGCGGCCAUUUUAGAAUCACAUGACCAGCUGAAUACUACUCACUUAAUCUCAGUAAUCGUCCUGUUAUUUCAUACUUUCACUCAUUGAUUAAAUUAAUCAUGACUGACUGAAUACAUUUCUACAAUGACUGAAACGAAACUAUUGAUUUUAAGUGAUGCUGCAUCCAAACCACUAGAUGUCAGCGUGAGUCCAAGAUGACACAAAGACAAAAGUUACUGAGUGCAACUUUAAAUGUGCUUUCUGUUUUUAUGGAAUGACACAGAACCUUAAAUUGGAUAGAUAAAGGCUGUCCUGUACUGGCACCAGUUGAGGUUUCACAAAAGUACAUUUUGAAGCAUUUUUUAAGAGUCUAUACAUUCUCCAAAUUUAAGAUCUGGCCCUUUAAAUAUGAAACCUCAAGGAUUGCUAUGAAUUUUGACCCAGAAUCAGUCUGUUGCUCAUAUACUGCUAAAUAUCUUUCAUCUAAUUUGGGAAUCUUGCACCAUGUACAAGCAGUGAAAAUGUGGACGUUUUAUAUGCUUACAUUCAACAAGUUUUAAAGUGUACAAGGGCAUAUGUGCUAUUGACAUUUGAGUAGAAAAAUGUGUGAAUGUUUAUGAAGUUUAUAAGUUUUACACAUUGCACAUGCUGUAUUCUCUUUACUGUACUCUAUAAUAGAGGCUGUUUCAUUUCUAAACAACAGGGCAAGAGUUUUUCCUUUUACUCAUUUAAAACAAAAAUAAACAUUUGUUUUACAGUAACUGAAAAGGUGGAUUUCUCAGGAGUCUGUGCUGAAUAAGUUUUGUGUGUGUGUGUGUGUGUGUGUGUGUCAAAUUUCAAAUCUUCUGUAAUGUACAGAAUGUCCAUGGGAA